AUGACUGCAAUAGCAUCGAUGAGGCUUUUACUUGUCAGCUUGUCAUUUACAUUCACAGUUACUGCUUCACAACAUUUCUACGAUCCAACAACACGUGAUUACGCUGAAGCGUGUAGUGAAAUGGCUGAAUUUGCUGGUGACAGCUUUUGUAGGGUAUUUGAAAUUUGUUGUCGUGAUCGGGCAAAUAACAAAUUGAAUGGUGAUCGCUGUCAACUGACUGAUCCAACUAAUGGCUGCCAGCUCACAUUAGAGAUCAAAAAUUUGUUAAGUAAUAAAACUUUAUCAACUUCAUCAGAUUAG